GAGUAUUUACAUCAUUGGCGACGAGGUUAAUUGCGGAAAACACCGGGAUUCAGGGUAAACAACGACUUUAAACUUUUGCCAGUUUGGCAAACACGUGUUUUUGCAACCGUGGGUUUCACUGCGUAGAUCGUAUAGAGAACAUUUGUCGGUAGAGAACGAUCAGUUACAACUAGUUAUAGGCAAAUUUGAGCCAGUUUGGCAUAAUAAAUUUGUUUGAGACGGUUAUUUCCUAAAAAAUAACGAUUGUUGCUGUGACGUCACGUGUUUAUGCGUAUCUAUUCAGGUGCACUAGAACUAUCGCAGUUUGCGGUGGUACACAUGGGUGCUGCGCAGUUUGUGCAAGGAAUCUUCUAGCCAUCGCAGGUUGCGGAGGUGCACAGAGGUGUUGCAGUUUGCAACAAGGGGCUCUACUACAGUGAUAAGAAGGAGGGAGGUGCUUGGAACGCGGCUGCUCAUAUACGUCUAACCAGUUUGGUUGAUUCAAUGUCAUCUUUCAUUAAGGAAGUCGAGGCGCUGCUAAGCCAGGGGAUCCUCUACAAAAGCCCUGACAAGUUUGCUCUGGGGAUUGGACUGGCCAUGGCUCAGGACAGGGAGGGUGCCCUUCGCCUCCUAGAGGGGAUGGUCAGUUUGGCCAAGACCCAGAAAACGAAGACCAAGGGAAAGGAGGACUGGCUUAAGAAUUUAUCAAGAUCGCUAGAUACCUAUCAGAUAGUGGACAGGGAAUGGAUCCACGAAAAUGUAUUCCCACUUCCCCAGCGGCCAAAGAAAAGGGAACAGGAGUAUAAUCCCGGGGCAGGGCAGCGAGAUAUUCGUUUGGGGCAGGCUGGGUCUAGUUUAGAUCAGGCUUGUUACCUGGGAGAUGAACUGCUCAACGUAGAAAAGCUUCUCGGAAAACCUGGCACUCCCAGCCACAAUGAAGACCUUGGUCCGGAUCCUGAUAUCCUGUUGGGAACGCCGAGUCCCAGAAAGUGUCUGGACAAGUCAUCGACGGCAGUUUGCCCGAUGGAGGUCAGUUUCCCUGGCGAGGACAAGGUAGAAGCUACAGGAGGUCACACAGACUCGGGGGCUGCUGGUUUACCCUUGGGAGAGGUCGAGGGCGACCCGUCCGAGGAUGCAAGUCGCACGUCCACAGGAAGAGAUGAGCGGGUUCUCUAUUCUCGUGAAAACCAAGUCAGGAGCUCCGAGAGUCACCGGGAGGACAGAAGCAGGCUUUCAGGGGAGAGGGUAGAAGACCGGAAGUGGAGUCAGGCGAAGAAAAGAGAUACCAGGUCAGAACCUGCACGGAAAGUACGCCAGAUGCCAGGUACAAGUUCCGGGGGCAAUCUCCGAGUGUCAGUCGAAAUACCGAAGAAGAUUAGGCUGACCAGGGACAGUUUGUCCCAGGUCCAGAAGAGGUUAGAAUGUCAGCGCCGGGUCGAGAGGCUAAGGAGGAACCAUACCUGCUGUGUCCCUGGUUGUGACAGCGUUGGAGUUGAAUUCGAAAAGGUCCAUGCGAUGACCUGGCAUGUGCCAACAGUUUUUGAUGGACGGUUGGCUGAUCCAAGUGACAUAGUUCAGGGAAUGCGGGUCCGAGCAUUGUUGCAGGUUGCAACGUGGCUACUUGGCAGACCAGGGACGCUCCACGACCUGCUGGAUCUGGUGAACGCCCAACACUUCCUCGAGUCCCGUGAGACGACUCACCCAAGAUCAUCCUCUUGGUCUACCUUGGAAGGGUUUUGUAGGUAUUUACGGGAACCAGUUCCAGCGGAAUUCACACUUGCACCCGUCAACAGUGUCGCAGGACUUCUUCACUGGAGAGUUCUGUACCUGUUGGCAGCCUUGCUGCAGCCCAGGGAUCGCCUUUAUUGGAUGGAGCAGUUUGCUUAUCCCCCAAUCGUGGUUGAAUCUCUCCCAGAAGCAGUGGACAGUCAUUUCCACCCUGAUCGGCUCAGACGUGCCGCUAAUAUUCACGGCACCAUAGAGGACGUCCUGGCUUUAGGAGUAGAGCAGCAGGUGGUAAGACUCAAGCUUAAACACGUGGUGGCAAGUUUCUGCGACCCAGAGACGUACCCAUCGUCAAGAGAUGUUGAUACUUUUCCACCGGAAGUCAUCGUGGCGGUUGGGAUUCACCCUAAACAUGCCGCCAACCCGAAGAGGUUCCUCUCAGACGCUUUGGAGAGGUUGAGCAGUUUGCUCACUAAUCCGCGGGUUGUGGCAAUUGGUGAAGUAGGGUUGGAUCACUCGAUGGACCCGGCAGACUGGUGGUACCAGAUGAAGCUGCUGCAGAAACUCCUGCCCAUCAUCCGAGAAAACAAGGUUCUGGUGCUCCACUGUCGGGGAAUUACCGGCGACAAUGGUAUAGAGGCUCAUCUGUUGUUGCUUCACCUUUUAAAGCCCCUUUCAAGACAACAGAGGAUUCAGCUCCAUGCCUUUAAUGGGAACCAACUGGUGGUCGGGUGGUGGCUGGAAGUUUUCCCUAACACCCACUUCAGUUUUAACAGGAGUGUUGAAAACUUCACCCCGGAGCAAGUGGCCGCUGUAGUCAGCAUGCCUGAGGAUCUUCUCCUUAUUGAAACAGACGCCCCUUACUUUACGAGGCCCCAUAUGAGGUUUUCGGCGCCAGCGGAAGUUGGGGAUGUGGCGGCGAUGUUGGCGGGACUUCGAGGGGUGACGACGCAGCAUAUCCUGGAGAUCACUACAAGAAACGCCGUCAACCUGUUUGGUGAGAUCCCCACAGGGCAGUUUGACACAAUGGCACAUCUUGACCCAACGGACAGUAGGAAAAGGGCAUCCUCAACAGCUUCACAAAGAACAAUAAAAAGUCCAACUGGGGCUGAGUUGAGCGCCUGGAUGAGACAAUUGGAUCGUCAGCAGGCAGAACUGUAUGCAAGAACAACCAUGAGAAGUCCCACUGAUGCUGAUUUGAGUGCCUGGAGGACGCAGUUGGAUCGACAGCAGGAAGAACUCGACCUCGAGAUUUCACGCCUUACUGAUGUUAUUUCAAGUGGGUUGAGAAGACCAGCACUCACUCCGUCAAUCAAGAGGGGUAGACCAGAUGUUGAUGGAUCCAAAUCCGCAAUCAGUGUUUCAAACCCUGCAGUAAGGUUGCAGUUUGAAGGGCCUACAAGGUUUAGAUACUCUAGUCCGAAGUCAGAAGAUGAAGAUAUAGACUUCAUUACCUACAGAAAAAGACGUCCCUAUCAAGAAGUAGAUACUGGGGCGUAUCGCCCUAAACCAGCAGUCGAUGCUGUUUCCAAACGAGAAUUCUAUACUGGGGCUUAUAGCUCCAAAAAAGAAUUCAAUACUGGGGCGUAUUGUCCCAAACCAGAAGUCUUUGCUGAGGCGAAUCAUCACAGAGCAGUUUAUCCUGGGGCCUAUUGUCCCAAACAAGAAGUCGUCGAUGCAGGGGUGUACCAUUCCAAGCAAGAUGUCGAUGCUAGAGCGUAUCGUCCGAACCAAGAAUUCUAUACUGGGGCGUAUUGUCCCAAACCAGAAUUCUAUACUGGGGCGUGUUGUCCCAAACCAGAAUUCAAUACUGGGGCGUAUUGUCCCAAACAAGAAUUCUAUACUGGGGCGUAUGGUCCCAAACAAGAAGUCGUCGAUGCGGGACAUAGAAGAAAGGAUCGAUCUCCAUCAAAUGAAAGAAGUCCAGUGAGGAGAGGUAAUCCUAAAGACUUGCCCAAAAACCUCAAGUAUGAUGGUUCCACCAGAUGGCUAUCCUUCAGACAGAAAUUUGAGAGCUAUCGCACUGUCAACAAAUGGUCAGCCAGUGAAAGCUUGGACUACUUGAACUGGUGCUUAGAAGGAAAAGCAUUGGACUUCUUCUCCAUUCAUCGGCAGCAAGGACCAAACAUUACCUUCAUUGACAUGAUGGCCAAGCUUGAGUGCCGUUUUGGGGCCAAAGAGUUACCAGAAACGAGCAAAGCCAAAUUUCAACAGGCAACCCAGAAUCAAAAUGAAUCGUUGGAAGACUGGGCAGAUAGAGUCCUCUCCUUGGCAAUGCCAGCCUUUCGUGACCUUCCAGAACAAUAUUGUACGGAAGAGGUUAUUUCAAGAUUCUGCCAGGGAUGUCUGGAUAAAGAAGCAGGGAAACAUGCGUGCUUAAAUCGACCAAAAUCGAUGCAAGGGGCAAUAGACCUGGUUCGCCACCAUCAGUACAUCAGUACAGCAGUUGACGGUAAGGUGUCGCGCCAGAAAAAUAACUCCGUGAAUGCAGUUAGCAGUUCAGAAGACAAGAUUUCAAGAUUGGAAAAGAAAUUGGACCUUUUGAUGGAAAAGUUGGUUAAAGCAGAACCAUCUAACAGCUCCAAACCUAAAGAAGCGUUCAGAGGUUUUUGCUAUUUCUGCAACAAACGAGGGCACAUGCAGCGCGAGUGCAUACACUUUAAAGAAGAACAAGCACGAGUUGGAAAAGAAGGAAAAUUAAAUGUUCCUAAAGAAAGAGGCCCACAGAACUUUAACUGGAAGAGGCAGGAGGCAUCUAACCAGCAAACCCGUCAACAGACUUUAAACUUGAAGGGGCAGGAGAUUACAGCUAAUGGGGUUUACAAUCCCAGCGUUGACAGAUUACCAGAGAAUGGGGUUUAUAAUCCCAAGGUAAGCCAGUCACAUGAAAAAACAGAUAAUACACCAACAGUUCCAGAUCAUCUGAAAGAUGUGUAUCAGGCGUCCAUUUCCAAGCUGAACAGUGAAGAACAGAAACAACUUGCAGAUCUUUUGAUUGAGUACCAAGAUGUUUUUGCAGCGAAUGAAUUCGACUUGGGAAAUUUCACAGAAAUCGAGCACACUAUUGACACUGGUGAUGCUAAGCCUGUGAAGCAAAGAAUACGCAGGACUCCAGCAUGUUUUGCAGGGGAGGAGGGGGCACAUCUUCAGAAGAUGCUCGACGCAGGCGUGAUACACGAGUCUACGUCAGAGUGGGCAUCUGCACCUGUUUUAAUACGGAAGCGUGAUGGAACUGUAAGGUGGUGUAUUGAUUACAGGGAAUUGAACAACGUCACAGUCAAGGAUACCUUUCCGUUGCCAUUGGUUGAAGAUUGUCUGGACACGCUCUCGGGAAACAUCUGGUUUUCGAAGCUUGAUGCAAAUUCAGCAUACUGGCAAGUAAAGGUUAAAGCAGAAGAUCAAAAGAAAACCGCUUUCAUUACCAAGUAUGGUCUCUUUGAACAUGUGAGGAUGGGUUUUGGCCUUACGAACGCCCCCGCAACAUUUUCAAGAGUUGUAAACUUAGUAUUGAGAGGGUUGACCUGGAAAACUGUACUGGCGUUCCUUGACGACAUUCUGGUGAUGGGAAAGUCAUUCCUUGAACAUCUUACACAUCUAAGAGAAGUUUUUGACCGAUUAAGGAAACAUGGUUUGAAAUUGAAACCAAAGAAAUGUAUCUUCUUUCAAGAAGAAGUAGAGUUCCUGGGCAGAAUUGUCACUGGGAACACACUUUGUAUGGCGUCGAAGGACACUGAAGUUGUUGCAAAUUGGGCGAUACCGACAUGUUCAAUAGAUGUAGAGCGCUUUUUGGGAUUUGCCAAUUACCAUCGAUCAUUUGUAAAGGGUUUUGCAGACAUGGCUCAACCUUUGUACAACCUUACCGGGAAGAAUACAUUCAAAUGGAAUGUAGAGCAUCAGUUGGCGUUUGACGCGUUGAAAGAGGCGCUGACGCAACCUCCGGUACUGUCACUUCCCAAUGGCAUCGAUCACUUUAUUCUUGAUACAGAUGCGUCUGAUACAGGAAUAGGAGGAGUGCUAAGUCAAGUGCAGGAAGGGAAAGAGAAAGUAAUUUCCUACAGCAGCUUUACUUUGACUCCCGAACAGAGGAAAUAUUGCACCACUCGUAAAGAAUUAUUGGCAAUAGUCCGUUUUACAAGACAGUAUAAAUACUACCUACUUGGAAGAGUGUUCACGGUGAGAACAGACCACUCAAGCCUUACCUGGUUGCUGCGUUUUAAAGAUCCUCAGGGACAGAUAGCUAGGUGGAUAGAAGAACUAUCGCAGUACCAUAUGGUGGUUCAGCAUAGACCGGGGGCGAAACAUGGGAAUGCGGAUGCACUUUCGCGGGUUCCAGAUGGGUUAUCGCCGUGUUCUUCGUAUCUAUCCGGGAUAAAGCUAAGUGACUUACCCUGUGGAGGAUGUCUUUAUUGCACCAGGGCGGAAAAGCAGUGGGGUCAGUUCAUUGAAGAGGUGGACGAGGCAGUUACUCUUGCAACAGGUAGUUGGACAAACAUACGUGUAAACAAAACGGUUGAGGGGAGUGCAAGUUUAGCGCCUAAUCUAGAAGAUGCAGUUGAUCCUUUGCACAAUGAAGACGCAACAGAUGGAGAUGAACUAUGUCAAGUUCAGGAAAGUCAGGAGUCACAGAUGGACAGCUGCGCAGGGCUGCAUGGUGAAACUGACAGGAAGGUUUGGGAUCCAGGAGGAAAAGAAAAAUUGGGGUUUAUAGAUCCCAGCGCUGAAAAUAACUUUAGAUUGGGGUUUUUAUGCCCCAAGGAGUUAGAUUUCGGUGGAAAACAGAGCAAGGUCUGGGAUCCAGGUGGCAGUGAAGAAGAAAUAUUGGGGUUUAUCAAUCCCAGUGAAGAAGAAAAAUUGGGGUUUAUCAAUCCCAGUGAAGCAGAAAAAUUGGGAUUUAUCGAUCCCAGCAUUGAAGAAAGAUUGGGGUUUAUCGAUCCCAGUAUUGAAAAUGACUUCACUUUGGGGCUUUUAGGUCCCACGGAGCCAGGUUUCAAUCAGUUGUAUUCAUUGAGAGUAAAUGGACCGGAUAAAAUUGUAAAUACCAUAACCAUAAGUCUUGAAAAACAUUGUGUUUGUAAUCUAAGUGUUCCAGGAAUCAGAAUUAUGGAUCAGCAUACAUGUUGGGGUCUUUCCUUUGAAGAGUUACGCAGAGCUCAGAAAGAGGAUGCUAAUCUGAAGUUUAUUUUAGGCUGGUUGGAAAGGUUUCCGGACACUUGGUUUGGCUUCACAAAUAGAGUCGCGACAUUCGAUUACCUGCAACAGGAAGCCUUGACGUCGGUACCCGAGAGUCGUCUUCUGUUGGAAUCGGAUGCUCCGUAUUUCCCUCUACGAGGAAAUAGGUGGUCGGCGCCAAAUCAAAUUUAUGAGGCCGCAGCCAGAGUGGCAGAAUGUCGUAAAGUUCCAGUGCAAUCCAUCCUGUCGCAGACGGCGGAUAAUGCCAGACGCCUAUACCGGUUAGGAGAGUAGGUACUUAUUGGGGCUUAUUGGCACCAGCGAGUUACUUACAAACAGGUAAUUAUUGGGGCUUAUUGGCACCAGCGAGUUACUUACAAACAGGUAACUAGUGGGGCUUAUUGGCACCAGCGAGUUACUCUAACAAUAAAGUUUCAAUUUAACUUAUAUACUGGGGCUUUUCAGUCCCAAUAAGUUUCUUUGAGUUGUAAAAUCUUGUAAAUUUGUAAAUCAUAGCGCUGGUCUGUGCUACAAAGGUUAACUUAAAGUGUGGUGCUUGGGGCUUUUCAGUCCUAAAAGUGAAUUGAUUCCGUAUAGAAUGCCUGAAUGUUUGAAGAUUAUCGUCUGUUUUAGUAUACCGGUAUCAUCACGUUACUGGUCAUCUAUCCUGUCCAGCGGCCUUCUUCAAUAAAGUCGGGGGGAGUGUUGUGACUUUGCCUUCGAUCUGUACCGAGCCGAGAGAAGACGGGACGUAGACCAGACGAGUAGUGCGGGUUUUAGCGUGUACCGGUAGUGACGACAGACGAUGCGGGUUCAACUCUGGCAUUCGAAGGACCGAGACGAAGCGAGAAACAUCAAUUGCUCUUAUCUUGUAAAUAGUGUAAAUAAAUUGGUAUUUUAACUCUGAA